AUGUCAGCAUUGCAACAUCAGAGAUCGGGAUCUACCAGCUCCAGUCAACAGGUUAAUAGGAAUAUAAUAGCCUCACAUUAUCAAAUAGCGCAGAAAAUUGGAGAGGGAUCUUUUGGUAUUAUCUUCAAAGGACAUGACUUGCUGAGAGACAACCAACCAGUGGCCAUCAAGUUCGAGAGCCGGAAGUCGGAGGCUCCGCAACUGAAGGACGAGUUCAAAGCCUACAAAAUUCUCAACAAUGCAAUAAAUAAUUACGUGCGCGAUGGGCCCGAGAACGACAACCAUCACUAUUUAUCGAUUGAAGGGAUCCCCAAGGUCUACUACUUUGGACAGGAGGGCUAUUAUAACAUUUUAAUCAUCCAGCUUUUGGGGCCUUCGUUGGAAGAUUUGUUUGAAUGGUGUGGUAGAAGGUUUAGCAUUAAAACUGUGGCACAGGUGGCCAAACAGAUGAUUGAAAGGAUCCAGUUUGUUCAUGAGAACGAUCUCAUUUACCGGGAUAUCAAACCUGACAACUUUUUGAUUGGGGCAACCUCCACCGACAACUUGAUUUAUUUGGUGGAUUUCGGCAUGAUUAAACAAUACAGGAACCCAGUCACAAAGCAGCAUAUACCAUACAGAGAGCGGAAGUCGCUGAGCGGUACCGCAAGGUAUAUGUCCAUCAACACGCAUCUGGGCAGAGAACAAUCCAGAAGAGAUGAUUUGGAGUCUUUGGGACACGUUUUCUUGUAUUUCUUAAAAGGUGAGCUCCCAUGGCAAGGAUUGAAAGCCCCUACAAACAAAAUGAAGUAUGAAAAGAUCGGGGAGAAGAAACAGGCUACGAGUGUUCAACAACUGUGUCACAAAUUGCCAAAACCGUUUGCUGACUAUCUGCUCUAUGUUCGUAACCUUAGGUUUGAAGAAGAUCCAAACUACGAAUAUUUGAUUUCCCUGAUGGAUAGUGUGUUGCAUGAAUUGGGCGAGGUGGACGAUGGUCAGUACGACUGGAUGAAGCUCAACGGCGGUAAAGGUUGGGAUUGGAAUAAGAAUAAGAAAACCAAUUUGAAUGGAUAUGGGUCCAACAACCACCAGGCCGCCAAGCAGCAUAGAUCAAACAAGGCUGUGACCGGGACGCGGCGUGAAUCACAAAACACCACCAACAUUCAAAACCAGUACCCUCAACAAACAUCAAAAGUCGACGAGACUAGCAGACUACUUUCUGGAUCACACAAUGGGCAAUACGACUCCGCAGGAGGUCUUUAUCAACAGGAAACGGAGGAAAUACCAGAAGGGGUGUUUGGUUUGUUUAAGAGCGUUUUCUGUUGUUGUUUCUAG